AUGCUGGGGCUCCGCCGGGACCGGCUUCUGACCCUGCUGCUACUCGGGGUGCUGCUCUCCGCUGACCUCUACUUCCACCUCUGGCCCCAAGUGCGGCUCCAGUUGCGGCCCCGGGGAGGUCCGGGAGGCUGCUCUUGCCCAGUUUCGGCUGUGGACCCUUCCGUCCCGCCCCCAGACUCCGCUACUGCCAUAACCUACCGCCCCGGCGGAGCUGCACACAACUUUUCCCAAGUACCGCCAAGCCAGCAAAGUGAUGAUCCGAACAGCCGCAACGCCGGCCGCCAGGGCCCCUCCAAGCUUCAAAGCCUCUUUGCCCACCCGCUCUAUAGCGCCCUCCCUGAGCCGCCUCUGCAGGGACAGGAGGACACUCUGCUCUCCAGCCGGGAAGCGCUCCGCUAUUACCUGAGAAAGGUGGCCCGUUGGAACAGACGACAUAAAAUAUACAAAGAGAAGUUCAACCAGACUUCCCCAGAGGCUCCACUACAGUUCCAACCUGAGGCCAGCUGGGUCCAGUUCCAGCUGGGUAUCAAUCGCCAUGGCUUGUACUCCAGAUCUAGUCCCACGAUCAACAAACUCCUUCAUGACAUGAGCCACUUUCCUACCAUCAAUGCAGAUUACAGUCAGGAUGAGAAGGCUUUGCUUGGGGUAUGUGACUGCACCCAGAUUGUGAAGCCCAGUGGAGUCCACUUGAAAUUGGUCCUGAGGUUCCAAGACUUCGGGAAGGCAAUGUUCAAACCCAUGAGACAGCAACGGGAGGAAGAGACACCUGAAGACUACUUCUACUUCAUUGACUUUCAAAGGCACAAUGCUGAGAUUGCAGCCUUCCAUCUGGACCGGAUUCUGGAUUUCCGUCGUGUUCCCCCAACUGUAGGGAGGCUGUUGAAUGUCACCAAGGAAAUUUUGGAGGUCACCAAGAAUGAAAUCCUGCAAAGUGUUUUCUUUGUCUCCCCAGCCAGCAAUGUGUGCUUCUUUGCCAAGUGUCCAUAUAUGUGCAAGACCGAAUAUGCUGUCUGUGGUAACCCUUACCUGUUGGAGGGCUCCCUCUCAGCAUUCCUACCAUCUCUCAACCUGGCCCCAAGAUUGUCUGUGCCCAGCCCAUGGAUCCGAUCUUACUCACUGGCAGGGAAAGAGGAGUGGGAGAUGAAUCCCCGGUAUUGUGACUCAGUGAAGCAGACUUACCCAUAUAAUAGCAGCAACCGUCUCCUCAACAUCAUUGACAUGGCAAUCUUUGACUUCUUAAUAGGAAAUAUGGACCGUCAUCAUUAUGAAAUGUUCACCAAGUUUGGAGAUGAUGGAUUCCUCAUUCACCUGGAUAAUGCUAGAGGGUUUGGGCGACAUUCUCAUGAUGAGCUCUCCAUCCUCUCUCCCCUUUCCCAGUGCUGCAUGAUAAAAAAGAAAACACUGUUGCACCUGCAGCUGCUGGCCCAUCCAGACUACAGGCUAAGUGAUGUGAUGAGAGAGUCACUUCUAGAAGACCAACUCUCUCCUGUGCUCACAGAGCCCCACCUUCUUGCACUGGACAGGAGACUACAAGUCAUCUUAAAGACCGUGGAAAAAUGCAUUCAGAUUCAUGGAGAACAGAAUGUUGUAGCCACUAAACCAUCAGAACAUUCAUCCCCAAACUCUGACCAAGCAGGUUUAGCAGGCUAGGGCCUGGAGGGGAAAAGUGGAAACAUCAAAUUUAAGAGGUCCUAGGAGAUUGGCAGUGGACUUAAUCAUCACAUUCACCUGUUGCUUCUCAUUUCUAGUCUAUGCUGAGACAGCAGUCUCAAAAAAGGUAUCAGGAACUCAGGCAACAUAGCAACAAAAAUCUCCUGAUCUGGAACUUCACUCUCUGAGGCAAUACUUUUAUGGCAAGCUGCUGUCAUUUUCCCUAGACAGCAGGAACUCCACAAAGCUCAAACCAGUACUCCUUGGGCUAACAUCUGGCAUGUUACUGUAUAUUCCCAGUAGGAGAACCAGUUGGAGAAAAGGAUCUGUCAGUUUUCCUCAUAUGGAGGUUUCAAGAGUUUUAACACAGCUCCUGGUUAAGACAAUUAACUGCAGAACAAGAGGCUUUGAAUAAAAAGACAAGUUUAGUGUACACUUA